CUCUCCAUGUUGUCAGAUUUCCGCAUAUCAUCUUAUUGCCAGGUUUUCUGUUUCUUCCCUUCACACGCCGUCCUUGAGUGUCAUCUGCAGAGGGCAAUAACAUUGCCAGAGUCUUUGACGGGAAGGAAGCAGAAAAAAAUGUGUUCUACUGCAAUGUGAUGUUGAUUUGAAUUUGUUUGUCCAGACACAAAGUAGACACACUUUAUUUUCCAGAGUGGGGCCACUUAAAUGUCUGGCCCCGAGGCCUUGAGUUUGACACGUGGCGUGAUUUUCUUUUUUUUUUUUUUACGUCUGUGGGUGGUUUUACACCUUAAAUUCCUCUUAGUCAGCGUGUGUGCUGGCUCAUCCUUCAUGUUCUCUUUUCACACAGACAAGGGGGACAGUGCAACAAUGUUAAGCAUCCCAAGGCCAAGCAUGGUUAUAGGCAGAUAAAAAGCCACUUUUCCCAGGCCCCGACAACCAAUACCUUGAGCAGCAUCCGCCCGUCUGGUCACUCCUACCCCGACACCUGCCAUCGCAAGAAGCCACCACCGUUUGUCAAGUUUGCCCGCCGCUGUUCGUCCAUCCAGAGAUCCGAGAUGUCCUUUGCCUUCAUCGCUGUGAUGGCACUGAUGUGCUCCUCCGUGGUGAUUGCGUUUGUCUUGCAGCCAGGGCAAGAAGAUGCCAUACCGCAAGACUCCGACAGCAGGUGCUGUAGUUUGUCCCUGCAGUCCAUCCGCAAAGAGCUCUUGGCUGCUCUCAACCUGCAGACCGAGCCGCGGCUGCCAGAGGGCGCCAAAAAGCAGUGGAGCGAAACUGCUGAACGGCUCAAGGCUCUGGAAGCUUCUUCCAACUCCUCCUCUGAUGAUGGUGGGGACACCUCAGGGUGCUGCUCCAGGACCUCAGAGGUUUUAAUGUCAGAUCUUGGCUGGGACAAUUGGAUGAUCUUUCCCGAGCGUGUGACCUUGGUGCACUGCGCCCCUUGUGGCCACAGUGCGUCAUGCAGGCCCCAACCCACUGCCACCCAACGUGAUGAUUUGGAGGUGGUGUUUGCCAUAGUUUGGUUUGCUGCCUUCUGGCUGUCUGUUUUGUUUUUUUUUUUGCUCCCACAAUCCACACCCUUUGAGUGUUUUGAAAAGCUAAGGCAGCUGCAAAUAGAUAAGCCACGGUGUUGCCAACAUCAACGUUGGAGCGCUGCAAGUCUCGGCGCUUCCCAAUCUCAAAUGAAUACACAAGUUCAGGCGCCAUGUUGCCAGCCCAUCGCCCAGAACCCGAUGCCCGUCAUGUACCGGGACGAGUGGAACACCAUGGUCAUCACCUCCAUGCACCUGACCCGCCGCUGCGGAUGCCCGGCCGCCCUGCAGCCUUCCCAAGAGUAACAUUUGUCACCUGUAUUCGCUAUCGCACUGUAAAAAAGCCUUUUGACAAGAAAUUAAUCAUCAAUUUAACAAACAACCUCACAAAACUGACCCAUUUUGGGGAGCAAAAUAUCUUGGAACCACGAAAAGCUUCCGAGAGGUUCUGCAUUUCGUUUUCUACAAGCACCGUAACAGCUCAUGCAUGUUUUUCGUCGAGAAAGGACCACACAAGGUCACGCACUUGACAGACCGGAUUUAUUGCCUAACAUUUGAUCCUCGGUUAAGUCUCCUCGAUGUCGGGGGGCAGCGUUUUAAAGCCGCUCUAAGGUACGGAAUGUUCCCUCCAAAAAUGUGCAAACGUCCGGGAGCCAAAUUAUUCGGCUUGUCUCUGCUCAACAGUUUUUUCUCUUUUGUAGGAAGAAGUCUGUUUGGGCAUGUGAACCCUUAACAAUUUCCAUACAAAAGAAAAUGUGUUGGUUUCAUGUGCAGACGUGCAAGGGAGCUGAAGUCAUCUUUUUAAAAAUUAUAAGAAGGUGUGCUUUGUUUGAUCAAUAUUGUCCAAUGAAAUGCAUUUAUUUUGUCUGUUUUUUAUUUUAUUUAAAGAGACAGUCUCCACUUAUAAUCGUAUAAUUAAGGCGUAUGUUUAUGUAUUCAUAGCACCUCAAUUUAAUCAUGCAUGAGUUCACGAUUCACUGGUACCAUUUUCGUGUUUAAUAAAGACUAUCGGAAUGAGCUUCUCAUGUUUGCGCAGCCUUUGUGGUUUAUUAAUAGAAGUUUCUGCAAAGCUUUCACGCCUGCCAAACAGUUUGAUGUGCAAUUUCAGGGGGAAGGAAUAUAGCCAAGGAAUGAAUGUUGGCGUCAUACUCCAGGAAAUCGGUCGCUCCCGAGGGGAAGAGCAACUUGUUGCGCACUUCAGGAUCUUGCAGUAUUUGCGUGUGGAAAAUCCUUCCCUAUUUCAACUGCGACGAACCCUGCGAGAAGACAGGCCCGAGUUGUCCUGACUCAUUGCAAAGGGAAUAAUGACGCGAUAUUUGGCCACGUGGGCGUCUUUCUGCGUGCUGUCCUCGGUUCUUCUGGCUUCACGCGCGAUCGAGUGCUCAGGCAAGGAAACGCUGUUGCGACCGCUCCCAAGCGUCUUGCCACAACUGACGGAUUGCUUGAUGGAGUGCACGGAGAAGACGUUCGCCAGGAAAUUGCAGAUGCAGGAUAAGCGUAAUAUACGGAUGCAAGACUCCAUUGAGGGAGCCCUUGGAGAAUACUGCUGGUCAACCAAUAUCAAGUGCAACAGUGGUGAGAGCUUCCAGCAAGCCUUCGUGGUGUUGCCCAUCCACACGUCGGACGUUACCCCAGAGCCCGCAGAGGUGAGAUGGCAGGCUAACGCUCUGCAGGAGCACACUACUCCCAUCACCAUCCCGCAAGCCUGUGGACUCCGCUACGACGUCAGCGACCACUUCGGCCCGGGCAGGAGGGUCGACUCGUUCUGUGUGGAGGUGGUCGGCCAACAGGAUGUCCCGGCCUUUAAUUGUCCGCCCUACCUGGUCACGUUCUGGCAGAGGAAUCCAACUCUGAUAUGAGAUGAGGGACACUCCCAGUCAGGUUGUCCAGUCAUGCUGCUAAUAUACCAGAGGUGGGCGAUGCAUUUGGUGGCCUUCAGUGGGAAUUGAUCUGAAUGAAUCCACCUCUUCAUAGCACAACGAUGGUGUCACAAUUAAAGAAAAAAACAUCAAUACAAUGUAACAGCACGCAACAGCGUAUUAUCUAAUGGCACAUUACAUAACCCUGACAAAAACAACACACUUUAAUAAUAUAUAUAUUUGUAUUUGUGUGUGUGUUUGCGUGUGUGUGUGCGUGUGUGUCUGGGUGUUUUCUCUGCAAUAACAAAAGUGCAAAAUAUAAUAUUUAAUAGACUUACAAUACAGUCUAUUACCCACGUUUGUAGAGAUUUUUCAGUGCAGACUUGCUUGGUAGUUUAUAAGAAAUAUACAUUUUAAUUCAUAAAAUAAUUUCUAUACUACAAAUGUGACCCUCUCGAGGAUGAAGCGGGUCAGAUAAUGGAUGGAUGGGUAGAUGAACAAAGAUAUCUGUUGUGUUUGUAUUAGGAAUAAAAAAAAAUCUCAGAGGAAUAGUUUGCUUGGUUUGCCAAGGUCAGUCAAAAUCCAGAAAUUACGUAACACUGCCCUCUUUUGGUUAAAUCAGUACAGUGACUUUUUCACUUAUGUUUGUACUACAUUUUGUGCACAGUAUGAAAAGUGCUAAUAAAACAAAAAAUCUGAAUGAUU